CCGCUGCGGAGUGUCGGUGAAGUCAGCGCCGAGUCCCAGAAAAACAGAGCGGGGCCAACUGCAGCGUGUAGUGCGAGUGGGGCAGGACGCGCGCUGCCCGCCCGCCCGCCUGGCGACCCGCAAGGAAUUAGCAUUUUCGGAAGAGUUUAUGAGACCCUCUCUCUGCCCAGAGCUCCUGGACCAAUGCAUCUUUCCAUCACAUCAAACCACUGAGCCGUGCAGAGCCCCAGUUGCAGAAGACUUGUCCUAUCACCACCAUGAGCUCUGAAUGUGACGUUGGCGCCUCUAAAGCCGUGGUGAACGGGUUGGCACCAGGCAGCAAUGGACAGGACAAAGAUAUGGAUCCUACAAAAGUCUGCACUGGGAAGGGAGCCGUGACUCUCCGGGCCUCGUCCUCCUACAGGGACACCCCAAGCAGUAGCCCUGUGAGCCCUCAGGAAGCCCCACAACAGGAAAGUAAACCAGAUGAGUGGAGGCCUUCUUCCAAUGCCGAUGCCAACGGAAACGCCCAGCCCUCUUCACUUGCUGCCAAGGGCUACAGAAGUGUGCAUCCCAACCUUCCUUCCGACAAGCCCCAGGAUCCCAGUCCCCUGCUAGAUGAAGUUUCCCCAUCCCGGGCCGGCACCGACUCCCACACCUUCGCACCAGUCAGCAAGCCGUCCUCUGCCUACCCCUCCACGACAAUUGUCAAUCCCACGAUCGUGCUCUUGCAGCACAACCGAGAACAGCAGAAACGACUCAGUAGCCUUUCAGAUACUGCGUCCGAAAGGAGAGUGGGAGAACGGGACUCGGCGCCGGCCCAGGAAAAACCCACCUCCGCUGGCAGGACUACUGAGAAAAAGGCCAAGGAUGACAGCAGGCGGGUGGUUAAGAGCACUCAGGACCUAAGCGAUGUGUCCAUGGACGAAGUGGGCAUCCCACUCCGGAACACCGAGAGAUCGAAAGACUGGUACAAGACCAUGUUUAAACAGAUCCACAAACUAAACAGAGAUGAUGAUUCAGAUCUGUACUCUCCUCGCUACUCCUUUUCUGAAGACACCAAAUCUCCCCUUUCUGUGCCUCGCUCAAAAAGUGAGAUGAACUACAUCGAUGGUGAGAAGGUAGUUAAGAGGUCAGCCACACUUCCCCUCCCGGCCCGCUCUUCCUCACUCAAAUCAAGCCCAGAAAGAAACGACUGGGAGCCCCCAGAUAAGAAAGUGGAUACAAGAAAAUACCGUGCAGAGCCCAAAAGCAUUUACGAGUAUCAGCCGGGCAAGUCCUCCGUUCUGACCAACGAAAAGAUGAGUCGGGAUAUAAGCCCAGAAGAGAUAGAUUUAAAGAAUGAACCUUGGUAUAAAUUCUUUUCGGAAUUGGAGUUUGGGAAACCGCCUCCCAAAAAGAUAUGGGAUUAUACUCCUGGAGACUGCUCUAUCCUUCCUAGAGAGGAUAGAAAGACUAACCUAGAAAAAGAUCUCAACCUCUGCCAAACAGAGUUAGAGGCAGAUUUAGAAAAAAUGGAGACGCUUAAUAAAGCACCCAGUGCAAACCUGUCACAGAGCUCAGCAGUCAGCCCCACUCCGGAAAUUUCUUCAGAGCCUCCUGGAUAUAUAUAUUCUUCCAACUUCCACGCAGUGAAGAGGGAAUCAGAUGGGGCUCCCGGGGACCUCGGGAGCUUGGAGAACGAGAGGCAGAUUUAUAAAAGCGUCUUGGAAGGUGGAGACAUCCCUCUCCAGGGCCUCAGUGGGCUCAAGCGACCCUCCAGCUCGGCCUCCACCAAAGUGGAUCGUAAAGGUGGGAAUGCUCACAUGAUUUCUUCAUCUUCAGUUCAUAGCCGAACGGUUAACACUAGCAAUGCAUUAGGCCCUGUGUGUAAGCACAAGAAACCCCUGUCCGCUGCAAAAGCCUGCAUUUCGGAAAUCCUUCCCUCCAAGUUCAAACCCAGGCUCUCUGCUCCCAGCGCUCUUUUGCAGGAACAGAAGAGUGUCCUGUUGCCAUCAGAAAAGGCUCAGAGCUGUGAGAACCUUUGCACUUCAGUUUCUUUGAAUGAUUCCAAAAGAGGGCUCCCCCUCCAGGUCGGGGGAAGCAUUGAGAACCUGCUCAUGCGCUCCCGGCGGGAUUACGACAGCAAGUCCAGCAGCACCAUGAGCCUGCAGGAGUAUGGCACCAGCGCCAGGAGGCCCUGCCCUCUCUCGAGAAAGGCUGGGAUGCAGUUCUCCAUGCUCUACCGGGACAUGCACCAGAUCAACCGAGCUGGCCUCUUCCUGGGAUCCACCUCCUCCUCUAGCGUGCGCGAUCUUGCUUCCCACUUUGAAAGGAGCAGCCUGGCCUUGGCCAGGGGUGAGCUAGGCCCCAGCCAGGAGGGCCCAGAGCACAUCCCCAAGCACACUGUCUCCUCUCGCAUCACGGCUUUUGAGCAGCUGAUUCAGAGGUCGAGGUCCAUGCCGUCCCUGGACCUGUCCGGCAGGCUGAGCAAGUCUCCCACGCCUGUGCUCUCCCGGAGUGGCCUGACCUCGGCCCGCUCUGCUGAGUCCCUCCUGGAGUCAACCAAGCUCCGGCCCAGGGAGAUGGGUGGGAUGAACCCUGGAGGGGUCUACGUCUCCCCAACAUGCAGCAAUAUGGUGGACCCCACCUUGGGCUUCAGGGGUCUGGCACCUGUGGAGCCCCUCUCCAUGUGCUCUGACGAGCUCGAUCACUGCUCAAACGUCUCCAGUGACAGCAGAGAGGGCAGCAGUGGCAGCAUUCAUGGGGACUUCCCCAAACACCACGUCAACAAGUGCAAGGGCACCUGCCCGGCCUCAUACACCCGCUUCACCACCAUCCGGAAGCAUGAGCAGCAGCAGACCUCCAGACAGCCCGACUGGCGCCUGGAUCCCAGAGGGGACAGGAGCACGCUCCUCAGGAACAUCUACCUGAUGAGCCCCCUCCCCUUUCGGUUGAAAAAGCCCCUCCAGCACCACUCUAGACAACCUUCCCCUGGAGACUUCUCAGGCCCACCGCUGGGCCGGAAACCAGACCUCCCCAGUCAGCCCCAUCAGGAUGAGCCCCGCUCCAGGGGGAAGCCCUCGGUCCCCAAACGCUUGUCUUCGAGACACACCAUGGCCAGGCUGAGGCGGAUCUCAGAGCCCCCUCAGGAGAGACCCAUGGUCCCCGAGGACUGCCCCAGGGCCUUUAGUAAUGGGAACUCUGUGCCGCACUCAGACCGCGGUCUGGACAGAAACAACAACCCACAGAGUGAACUGGGACCAUCCCUCGGAGAUUCAGAAUCACCAAGACAUUUUAUACCCGCUGAUUACUUGGAAUCCACAGAAGAAUUCAUUCGAAGACGUCAUGAUGAUAAAGAGAAACUUUUAGCGGACCAGAGACGACUUAAGCGUGAGCAAGAAGAGGCCGAUAUUGCAGCUCGGCGCCACACGGGUGUCAUUCCAACGCACCACCAGUUUAUCACUAAUGAGCGCUUUGGGGACCUCCUCAAUAUAGACGAUACGGCAAAAAGGAAAUCUGGGUCAGAGAUGAGACCUGCCAGAGCCAAAUUUGACUUUAAAGCUCAGACACUAAAGGAGCUUCCUCUGCAAAAGGGAGACAUUGUUUACAUUUAUAAGCAGAUUGAUCAGAACUGGUACGAAGGAGAGCACCACGGCCGGGUGGGCAUCUUCCCGCGCACCUACAUCGAGCUUCUUCCUCCCGCGGAGAAGGCUCAGCCCAAAAAGUUGCCACCGGUGCAGAUUUUGGAAUAUGGAGAAGCUAUUGCUAAGUUUAACUUUAAUGGUGAUACACAAGUAGAAAUGUCCUUCAGAAAGGGUGAGAGGAUCACGCUGCUUCGACAGGUGGACGAGAACUGGUACGAAGGGAGGAUCCCAGGAACAUCUCGGCAAGGCAUCUUCCCCAUCACCUAUGUUGAUGUGAUCAAAAGGCCACUGGUGAAAAACCCAGUGGAUUACAUUGACCUGCCUUACUCCUCCUCCCCAAGCCGUAGCACCACCGCGAGCCCACAGUUUCCCAGUCACAGCAAGCUCAUCAUACCAGCCCCCUCAUCUCUGCCUCACUCCCACCGAGCUCUGUCCCCUGAGAUGCAAGCUGUCACCUCUGAGUGGAUCUCGCUGACUGUGGGGGUCCCAGGCAGGCGAUCCCUGGCUCUGACGCCGCCUCUGCCUCCUCUGCCGGAGGCUUCUGUCUAUCACACUGACCACCUUGCCUCGUUGGCAAGGCCUAGUCCCUCCCUGUCCUUCAGCCUCCCCCUUUCGAGUUGGUCAGAUCGUCCCACCCCACGCUCGAUGGUUUCCCCACUGGCCCUUCCUGCCCCCCACAAAGCCUAUUCCAUGGCACCAGGUGCCCAGGCCUCCCUUCACAUCAACGGUGACAGUGGCAUCCACGUGCCACCUUCAGGUUUCCAGCAGGACAGCUACUCCCAGCCGCUGCUUGGGAGCUCUGAUAGUGUCAUCUCGGAGCUUAGCAAUGCCUUUAACAGCCAGGGUAAGUGGCAGCCGUGGCGAGAAGAAAGCAGACAGUAUGAGAGGAAAGCAGAGAAGGAGGCAGGUGAGAGGUACCCUGGUGGACCCAAGAUCUCUAAGAAGAGCUGCUUGAAACCAUCAGACGUGGUCAGGUGCCUGAGCACCGAACAGAGACUCUCAGACCUCCACAGCCCAGAGGAGAGCCAGCCCAGCAAGCCCCUGGGUAGCCCUUUUCCGGGAAGGGAGGCUGAGCAGACAGAGCCGCGUAAAGGUGGCGAGCAGGCUGAGUGGAAGGCUGCUCGGACUGGUGUGAGCCAGCCUUCUCAUCAUUCAUUGAGAGCAGGACCUGAUCUCACAGAAUCUGAAAAGAGCUAUGUGGAAGCAGUUUGCAAUGAGAUCAUAAACAUUGCCGAAAAAUCUGUUCAUUACUGCAGCACUGUUUCUCAUCCCCUUGACUUUCAUCACAAGGUAUCCCCUUCUGACAAUAAAUCAUCUUUAAUCAUUUCUCAGCAACCUCAAGCCCAGCAGCGAAGAGUCACUCCAGACAGGAGUCAAGCCUCACAAGAUUUAUUUAGCUACCAAGCAUUAUAUAGCUAUAUACCACAGAAUGAUGAUGAGUUGGAACUCCGAGAUGGAGAUAUUGUUGAUGUCAUGGAAAAAUGUGACGACGGGUGGUUUGUUGGUACUUCAAGAAGGACAAGACAGUUUGGUACUUUUCCAGGCAACUAUGUAAAGCCUUUGUAUCUAUAAGAAGACUGAAAACCACAGAGAUGAUUUUUAUUGGAGAAUGAAGCAUAAUUCAUGAACCAGUCUCUUUAUUUAAAAGUUGAGUCAGUAGGAAAAGUAAUGCAGUGGAUAAAAGUAAGAAGCAAAAGAGAGGGACAGAGAAGUGUGUUGUGUUUGAAACUGGAGCCUGUCUAAGCUUACUGUGUAUCAGACAGGCCUGAACCAUGUGCUGAGCAGAAAGGAAUGAGGCAAAUCUGUAUUUACUUAGCUGCUCUGGGAGCCACUCCAGCCCUCCCCUCCUCUCCCCAUCUUAGGUAAUCUGACCUGUAGCCCAGUCCAGGAGCAGUUAGGCCAGAAAUGCCUCCGGCUGCAGCACCCUUGACCAGCUCCAUCUCUAAAGGGUCUCGGCGCUUAGCCUGAAUCAGCCCUCAGAGUGCCAGGCAGCUUCCCAGCCAUUCUCCAAAGGCUCCACACACAGACUCCAGUCCCACUCCUCGCCACUCAGACCCCCCUGGUCCCCCAACACUGCUGGAGAUCUAUCUAGGCUGCUGACACCCCCAAACUCCUGAAGACCGAGACCCUCACUGGACCUGCUGAAGUUUCUGGAGCAAUGGAGGCAAAACUUAGGCACCCUGUGCGUCCAGCCUGCAUGUGGCAUUGCCAUUGACACCCCUGGUGUUCAGACAGAAACCCACACAAGGUUUGCCUGUGGGAGCUGGUGGCCAGGCAGAUAGUUAAAUGUCUAUGUUGGAGUGACUUCAGUCAAGAAGCCCUGUUAGCUUUUGAGGUCACAGGCAGUGUGUUCCUUUCCCAUAGUGCUGGCAUUCACAGAUGGUCACUUUCAGGGCAGCGGUUUCAUUUAUCAAUGCCAUUGCUAACCUCUCUUUUUUGGAUUGUUUUUGGCCAGGCAGUUUGAGGUUGAUAGGCCUGUUCUCAGAGAACCAAGGAUGGCAGUGUUCAGUGACUCAUUUAACAACACACACUGAUGUAUGCUGGAUGCCGGGGCUGCCAAUGAGCAAGGCGUGCUCUGAGCCGAGAAGAGACUCACCGUGUUUCAUUUGUACUCCCACAGGAGUUCAAGGGCCACUCAAAAUGUGCUCAGUCACCCAGGGUUAUGAGGCUUCUCUUCAGAGAGGUGCAGAUGCAGUGGCCCUGGAGAGGCUUCUCUUCAGAGCAGAGGUGCAGAUGCAGUGGCCCCAGGCGUGAGGAAGCAAUUCUGCCACUCCAGGAGGUCAGAUCUAUGCCAGGGCCCCUGCGACACCAGGCGUGUUCAGUCACAAGUCUACCUAGUUCAAGAAUGUUUAUUGGCUUCUCUGUUAGACCCCUUGGAGAAUGAAAGAUGGAAAUGGCCCAUUCCCUGCCUGUUGGAAACUCAGAGGUGACCGGGGAGACAGAUACACAAAAAAAUAACCAAGAGAGAUUGUGAUAUGUGCUGAGAAGGAUGGGAGAGAGGAAGAGGUAAACUUUCCCUGGAGGGAUCCUAGAAAGCAUUAUCACAUUUCUGUCUCCAUUAGCUCACUGUUGAAUAAGUAGGAUGCCGGAAGGACCUUUGCCCAAGGGUACUUUAUGGCUGAAAAUACUUGGAAUUGUUUCCACAAUCUUUACACUCUCACUCUCCCCACAAACACAUCCACAGUCACAAAUAGGAAUAGCAAUCCCAAGUGCUAGGGUGUGUACAGGAAUCCUAGCUCUUGGCAUAUAGCUCAGAAUUGCCUACGGACUGUUGUCCCAAAGUCUGGGGUCUCUACAACUACGCAAAAUCUGUCUUCAGUGUCCCUGCCUCAAAUUCUGUCUCCAUUACUCAUUUUAGGAUCCCAUCAGCUGCCCACCCCCAUCAGACAGCCACAGUACCCUCACUUCUCUCCCUGUCCUCUUUGUAAAUCUUGCUCGCUGACUUCUUCACACUAAAGUGUAAAUGGCUGAUACGAGGAAUGUGUUACCUAUUCCCAGUAACUAGAGCAGAGCCUUAAUCCCAAAGGAAAAGAUUGUAGAACUAAUGUUGGGGGUGCAGGUAGGUGGAGGAGCUUCCUGGAUAGAAAUUCCUUAAAUAAGACUCAUUGCUUUGGAAGGUCCACUCCACCUUCCCAGGACACUGUGUUUUUGACUCAGAAUAUAGUACAAGUGUGUAUGCACGUGCAUUUGCACAGCAGCAUUUCACCCAUUUUGAAAUGUAAUUCUUGUAUUGGCUGAUGUGUUUCCUGGUCUUUCGUAGAUGCAAACCAUUAAUAUCAUGAUUUUAUCUAAUAGGUUUUUGAGGGGUGCUUCCUGAUUAAGUAGGUAAUUUUGAACACCUCUUUAAAUACAGCUAGAAAAUAAAACCAAUUUGUAAAGCCACAUUUGCAUAUGACGCCAGCCUCACGCAUUUGUAUAUCUCCAGAGACUCAGAUAUGCCUCACUAAUUUGCCAGUCUUUAAUAAAAUCAUAUGUUAAAAUUUGCAUCAAACUUCAGCUUCCUAUGUGUGACAAAACAAGGAACAGAGGUUUCCAAUGGCUCUUUUGUCUUCAGACAUUUAGUAAUAUAAAAUACCUAUUUUUAUGCUGAGAUGUUUAUACAGGUUUAUUAAUAGCAAGUGCAACUAACUGGCGGCAUGCCUUGCUAACAGUUUUGAUAUAUUAGCCAUGCUUCUGGAUAAAGGCAAGCCCCAAACUACUUCUCUUUUGCAGUCUCUCCGGGAUCAGUAAAGGAAGAAAAUCAUAUGCUUAAGUGGGACUGUAAAUAUGUAUAUUUAACUUUGUAUAGCCCAUGUACCUACUUUGUAUAGAAAAAUAAUUUUAAAAAUUUGAACUGAAGGGGGUAAAAUAAGGAAGUCAUGGAGUUUUUUGCAUUUUUAUUUAAAUGAAGGAAUUACAAAUAACUCACCGGCAGAUUUUUAGCACAAAUAUAGCCAUUGUAAAGUGUUAAAAUUUUAAGUAAUCAUUAUUUCCGGAAGAGAAGGUAUCUUCAAUCUCAGUCACAGUUUCUUUUUUUUUUCUUCUUUUUUUUUUUUUUUUGGUUUGGAAUUUUUUGUUUUGGGGGUUCUUGGUUUGUUUGUGGGGGUUUUUUUGGCAGUUCUAUUUCUCUGAAGUAGUAUUAAGUCCUAUUGCUAGAAUAGGUUACUACAAAAAAGAUUACAUUCUGAAAGAAAAAUACCUGACAUUAUAUAUAACCAAUUAAUUUAAAGUUUUGCCAUUUAAAUUACACACCAGGAACAUGUACCAUGCAGACACAGGUUUUUCUGUUCAUUUACUUUUCUUUAUUGCAGUGGAUUGAUUUGAUAAAUAGAAGUGUUGAAUUACUACAUUUGCUGUACAUAUUAUUUAAUAAACUUUAUUCAGAAUCA